AUGAAAGAGAUAAUGAAAGGUGAGGAGGACACGCCACCGUCUUCCGUUAACGGUGAUGAAGUUACGGGAUUAGACGAGGAAGGAAUGUUUUACGUGGAAGAAGUUGAAGAAAUAGACCUUGACGAUGAAAACAUGGAGGAUGUCACCGAUCAAGAGGAGGAAGAUGUAGAAAUGGAACCCCCUGAAGACAAUGCUGUGUUAGUUUUCAGUAAACAUACUGGUUCAGUCUUUUGUUGUGAUAUCCAUCCUGAUGGUAAACUUGCUGUGACUGGAGGGGAAGACGACAAAGCUUAUGUUUGGGCUGUUGAGACUGGAGAGUUGAUCAUGGACUGCAUUGGGCAUAAAGAUUCGGUUGUAUUUGUGGGCUUCAGCCAUGAUGGUGCAUAUUUAGCUACUGCAGACAUGUGUGGCUUGAUCAAGGUGUGGAAGUGUAACUUAGACGAAAACCAACAAGAGCCUUGGACAGUUGCUUUUGAGUAUGAAGCAGAUGACUUGAUAUGGGGCCAGUGGCACUUUGGAACCAGAGUACUAUUGAUUGGAACUGUCUCAGGGAAUAUUUAUGUAUUGAAAGUACCAUCAGGAGAAACUAAAGUGUUGCAAGGUCAUAAUGUGAAAGUUGAAUGUGGCAAGUUAUUCCAAGAUGGAAUGCGAUUAGUAGCUGGAUACGAAGAUGGUGAAGUUAAAAUUUGGGAUUUAAAAACUUCAACAGUAUUACACUCAUUGCCUGCGUCAGCUCAUGAGAUGAGAGUUACAGCUGUGGAUUGCAAUCCUGAAAAUACUCUUAUGGCUUCAAUAUCUACUGACGGUAAAGCUGUGUUGACAACUACUAACAAUGGAAAGGUGGUUGGACAAUUAGAAAUAGAAAAUUAUUUAGAAACAGUAGCCUUUGCACCAGAAUUAGGAUUACUUGCAUUAGGAACACUAACGGGUGCAGUCAGCAUAUGGGAAGUAGCGAGACAAAUGCGGCGUAAUGAAUGUUCCAAAUCAGAUGGCAAUGAAGCUGGAGGUGUUACUAAAAUGAUUUGGAUCAAAAACUAUUUACUAACCGGAUGCUUGGAUGGAUCUAUCAGAGCAUAUGACGGCAGGAGCGGGGAAAUGGUUUUGCAACUGACUGGUCACAGAUCGGAGGUGUUAGAUUUUUGUUACAAUGCUAAACAAAAUGUAAUACUAACUACAUCAGAUGACAGUACUGCAAGAAUUUUUACCCUUAAAGAUACAAGAGUUUCCCAAUAA